AUGGCAAAGGCCACCAUCCACUAUCGCUUCCAGAUCGAGCAGCAGAACUUCCAGACACGCGUCAGCGAGAUCCUGGGGAAGAAGCAGCAGAAGCUGUGGGAGAUCCAGGCGCGAGUGGACAGCGGCAAGCGGGAAGUUCACUGUGCCAAGGUUUGGGCAAAGACUUUCGUCGACACCUUGGACCAACACUUCCGAAAUGCCGUUGGGCGCAUGGCCCAAGAGGUGGUGUCCCACAUGUCCAAGAUCCUAACCAACCCCGGGAGUGCUUGCGAGCAGGCGAUCGAGCGAUCCUUCACCAAGCGAAACUGGCGGCAUGUGGUGAUGUACGCAAUCGAUCCGACCCAGUACUUGUUCAUGGAGUUCCACAAGGAGUGGGAGACAUUCAAGCAGGGCCUCGUCGACAGGUACUGCCAGGAGCUGAAGAACAACUUCGGCAACUGCCUCCGCGUCGCCGAAGAGCGCAUGCAAGACCUCCUUGCAGGCGGGAAUCUCGAUGGCGUGAAGGACCUCACCAUGAAUAAGCUUUCGCACGUUCUGAAGGAGGUGUGUGCAGAGCUAGCGGACGACUCGCUGUCCGCAGUGCUCUGUGGCUGCCUGCCAUCCUUCCAGGCCGCCCCGGACUGGACCCUGAACGACUUCGGGCAGUUCGUCCAGUUUGCUUCCGUCGAGCUCCGAAGAUACCGCGCCAACAUGAGGGAGACAGAAACGACUGUGGAGCGGCGAAUGGAGGCAGAGCUGACUCGGCAGAAGUCGGAGUUCUGGAAGUGCAUCUCUGGCUGCCCUGCCCGCUGCCCCGGCUGUGGCACGAAGUGCAAUCUGGAGCACGAGAACCACUGGCCAGAGAGGCCACACGAGUGCCGGCGCCACGUCUAUCCCGCCUUCAACGGUUGGCAGAAGCAGGAUGGUCGCAAGCCCUUCCUCCUCCACUGCCGCGCGAAGGCCCAAUGGCAAAUCGCGCGCACGCGCCCGCCAAUCGAAGCCGGAGGUCCCGAGAGGUACUGGGACAACUUCCAGGCCAUGUUGGAGGAUGAGCAUCCGGACUGGCUGUGCCCGUGCACGCGCAAGCCCCUGGCAACCAUGGAGCCGUUGGAGGACUAUGAGGAGGACUGCGAGACCGCUCCGGAUGAGAUCCAGCGGGAGAUCGAGGAGAACCGGCGGGCGUGGGCCAACUGCAAGGACGCCCUCCUCGAGCACUUCACAUCCAUGGCAGAUGAUCCCGACAUUCCCUGGCUGGAGAAGUACAAACGCGAAGGUGGGGCGUUGUCCAGAGAGGACUUUGCCUCGAUCCGAGACGAACUCUUUGCGGUCACUCCUUUGGAAUCCCUGGAGGCAAUGGACAGCAUGAUGCCCUUGGACGAUCCUUUGGACGAGUCUGGCUACUGA